UGAGCUGGUGGAACACAGGACCCUGGGAACAUUAGACUCCAGGCCAUUUACAACCCUCAAACCAGAGGAACGACUUUGGCCUGUGUCUGCUUGUCACUGUAACAUUUGCAGCAUUCUCCUGCGACAACAGCAACAGAAUCAAACCAGAACUUUGUCAGAGGACGUAAUCAUGGCUCAUGAACCAGGCCGGGGAGACAGCAUUUCCCCAUCAGGCACAGUAGGCUUCACAGCCAAGCUGAAUGUUUGUGAUAGCUACCCCUCUCACUCUGGAGUCCUGAAGUUUGGCACUGUGCUGGUCAACGAGGGAGGAGGCUACUGUCCUAACACAGGCAUCUUCACCUGCCCAAAGGAUGGCCUCUAUCACUUCACUGUGCAUGCUUCUGUGUAUGGGCGUGGGCAGUGUUUUAUAAUCAAAGACGGAGAGAAAGUAGUGUCUCUGUAUCACACCACUCUGCCUGAUAAAUGUAGCCAAGUGGCGAGUGUGAGCAGUGUGAUCAAACUGUGUACAAAUGAAAAAGUCUGGGUGGAUAUCUGGGGGCCUGGCAGAAAUGAUAUCUUUGCAACUGAAGAUAAUGACACUGUGUUUGUUGGAAUGUGUUUGGGUUGAUGAGUGAAGUGUCAAAAUAUCAAUAAAGUUCUUCAGUU